AUGCUGCUCUUUGCGAACCCUGCGGGAAUCGCCACCUUCAAUGUGUCUAAACCCCUAAGUAACGUAUUUGAUCUGCCACGUAUUGCAAGGUCUUACAUACGAGCACGGCCGGGCGCCGGUGGUUCGCUACCCGGCUCCGCCUCAGCCAUACCAACGCUUCGUGCUCGUCUGAGACGCUCUGCCACUGGCAAGGCUGCCUGCGGCCUCGUUGCCUCUGUCGCAGACGUUCCGAAAGUUGCGCUUGUCACUGGUGGCAGUCGGGGUAUCGGUCGGGCCGUCGCGUUGGAGCUUGCUCGGUCUGGUUGUGAUGUCGUUGUUAACUACGCGUCCGCCGAAGCUGCUGCAAGCGAGGUUGUCGCACAAAUCCAGGCCAUGGGCCGGGAAGCGAUUGCCGUGAAAGCAGACGUAAGCAACCAAGAACAGGUUGAAGCGAUGUUCGCCCAAACAGUUGAGAGAUUUAAGCGGUUGGAUGUGCUCGUCAACAACGCAGGGAUCACGCGCGACGGUCUGCUCCUGCGGAUGAAGAAGGAGCAGUGGUCUCAGGUAAUCGAUCUGAACUUGACUGGCGUGUUUCUUUGCCUUCAAGCAUCCUGCAAGCUGAUGCUCAAACAACGCUCUGGUAGAAUCGUGAACAUAUCCUCCGUGGUCGGCCAGAUUGGCAAUCCUGGUCAGGCGAACUACGCGGCAGCGAAAGGCGGGGUUCUUUCGCUCACCAAGGCCGCUGCCAAAGAAUGCGCCUCACGGAGCGUUACCGUGAAUGCUGUCGCACCCGGUUUCAUUGCAACCGAAAUGACGCAUGGUCUUCCAUUGGAUGAGAUUGCGAAGGGUAUCCCCCUGGGCCGCCUUGGACAACCAGAGGAAGUAGCCGGAUUGGUACGUUUCCUGGCCACCGAUCCCGCCGCUGCAUACAUUACUGGACACAUCUUUACGAUCGAUGGCGGUCUGGCGAUAGGUGCCUCAGGCUGA